CAAUUACUUGACAGUCACGCAAAAAAAGUAUACUUAUUAGUAUCAUGAAAUGAGGCUAAUCAGAAAAUAGUAAUGUUUAAUCGACAGGUGAUAUUUUCAAGCUUUUACAACUGUAAACGUAGAAGUCACACACAUAAAGGACACAAAAUGAGGCAGAGAGAAAGAUAGUUUGACACUAAUUUCGGCAAGAUCUAAACAUGGCUUCGGGUGGCUCAUCAUUAGACAGUACAGGGAGCAAUGGAACGCUGUCCAGAAGCUAUACAGUGUCCAAUAAUGACAGAAGUAACUCAUCUGGGGUUGCCUCUGUAAGAGACUAUGAUGGCCUUAAGCAACAAUGUGACAAAGCGAUGCAUGAACUCCAACUACUCAGGAGGCAACACAGUGAAACUAUUCGAAGAUGUGAUCACACAAUGAAAGAACUUGAAUACUACAGGGGUCAACAUUUGGCAGCAAUGAAUCAGCUGGAAGCUGCUGCUCAAGAGUCUUCAACUCUAAGGCAUAAAUACAGUGAUCUGGCAGCAGAGAAACAACGUUUAGAUAGAGAAGUGCAGAACUUACAGAAGGAAGUAACGGAACUUCGAUGUCAGCAACAGGAAGUGAUAGUGAGUGAGGGUGGUACAAAUGAUAGCUUAAAUCAGCAGUAUUUCAAUGCACUGAGGAAGUACGAGGCUGUGAAGGAUGAGUAUGAUGCCUUGAGAAAACGAUAUGAUGAUUUGCUCUCCUCCCAUUCUACUGCUGUGAGCAAGCUAGAACUGGCACAGGAAGAAGUUGGAAGGUUUAAAAAGCAGUAUGAAGAAGUAGUGCAAGAAAGAAAUGCUGCUGUUCGAGAAAGAAAUGGUCUAAAACAACAAUGUACAGCAGCAAUCCGUCAAUGGGAUAUGGCUCUCAGGGAGAGAAACGAAUAUCGAGAAGCUCUUGCUAAGGUUCAGCAACAACAUGAGGAGGCUGUGAAGGAAAUUAACCAAGCCAUGGCAGUUCGAAUGAAGGCAAGUAAAGACCUGAAAAGACUCACAGAAGAGCGGAAUGCUGCUAUGCAGGAGUAUUCUCUCAUCAUGAGUGAACGAGACACUGUUCAUAAAGAAAUGGAAAAGCUGUCCGAAGACCUUACAGAAGCCUUUAAGAAGUACAAGACCCUUGAAGGAGAAAACAAGGAAUGUAUGGAAAAGAAAAAGGCCUUGUCAUACCAAGUUGAAACACUGAAAAGAGAAAUUGCGUCAGCCUUGCAUGACAGGGAUAGAGCACUGAAGGAAUGUAAUGAUCUCAGAGAAAAGUUUGGUGGAUAUACUGUAAAAGAUGAUUCAAACAGAGAAGGUUACAAAAGCAGGCUUGAAUAUCAUACAUACAGUCGAGAAAGGGACAAUACUAGAAAGGACCAAGCAGAAGUGUCAACGAGCACAAGGGACAUGUAUGGGAAAUCCCAAAAAGAAAGAAUGGAUAACCUAGAUCAAGCAAAUAUAGAAAUUGAUAGACUGCGCAAGCAGAUCGAUAAACUGCAAGCUGAACUUCAAGAGGCUACUCAAGAGGCUGAAGUGUCAAAACGGCGUCGGGACUGGGCCUUCAGUGAAAGGGAUAAGAUAGUAUUGGAAAGAGAGAGCAUAAGGACACUCUGUGACCGACUGAGAAAGGAGAGGGAUAGAGCAGUCUCUGAUCUGGCAGAGGCAUUGAGGGACUCUGACGACAUUAAAAAGCAGAGGAAUGAGGCUUCCAAGGAGUUGAAAGACUUGAAAGAGAAAAUGGAAGCAGAACAGGAGAAGGAAACAAGAAUGCAACAGUUCCAUGCAAUGGGCCAUAAUCAUAGUCAUGAUUCUGCAAUUGAUGCUGACAUGCAAGAGUGGGAAACUGAGAUAUUGGACAUUGAUCUGAGUGGUUUGGCCUCUGAUGAUGAUCUUGGAUUUGAUCUCGUUGGUGGUAGAGAUGAUCCCCAGUACCCAAAUGACAGUGGAAUAUAUGUAUCAUCAAUCACAAAAGGCUCAGUGGCAGAUGGCAAGCUGAAAGUACAUGACUGUAUCAGUCGUGUUAAUAACUUGGACUGCAGCAAUGUAAGCAAGCGUAUGGUGGUUGAGACAGUACGCUCAAGUGGUGGCAUUGCCAGCAUGGUGGUGCGGCGAAGACGAAUUGGGGGCCGCUGUCUGUACACAACACAGUUGCAGUUGAAUAUGACAGACCAUGGCCUCACGUUGGAAACUGGUAUUUACAUAUGCAAAAUUACACCCGGCUCUGUAGCAGCAAAAGAGGGAAACUUAGCUGUUGGAGACAGAGUGCUCAGUAUUAAUAACAAGACAAUGGAUGGCUUUAAAAGUGCUCUUGAAGCGAUGGCCAUAUUGGAUGAACCUACAGAUAUCAUCACCAUAACAACAUUGAAGGCCUUAUCAUCUGUGAAUUGUUCUCACUCAUGUGGUCACAUGCUGAGUAUUGAAGAAGAGAGAGGGUAUUUUGGUUCAUCUAAUUCAUCAUCCAGAGCAUUAAAGGAAUCCCCCAGUAAUGCACAGAAGAUGGUAAAUCGCUGUUGCCAGACUGAAGGAGAAAAACUUUAUGUGACAAAUCCAUCUCAGGGCGAAGAUUUUGUGUCAGACAGGAGGUAUAUAAAUACUACUUUUGGGAUAGGAGAGAAAGCUGUGUACAAGGUGACUCCUUCUCCUGUGGAGAAAGGAGGAAAUUCUAGGGCUUGGGAUAUGGUACGAGAAACUAUUGACAUGGUCAGAGGCCGAAAACAUGCCAAAGACAGGAAUCACGACUUGCCUGAUGAGAAAAAGCAUCGCCAGAAUCAGUCCCCCAAUACUUUUGAGCGAGAGCAAGAUGAUGCACUGGCAGAACUGGAUUCCGUCAUUGAAAGUUACCACGGAAAGCCAGUGACAUUAAAACGUAGCAGGCGACGUGCGGGUAAAGAUGCUGAACGUAAUGGAGGAACUUGGCCAAAAGCUCGAAAUGGCCCCAUUAUUGAGCAUACCACAGGCACUAUUCUUCAUCCUCGAAGACAUAAAGAAAGGUUACCUCUCGCUGCACUGUUGAAUGAUCCACCAAAAUACUGUUGUCCACCAGCAGACACCUCCCAUGAAAGGACAGCCUCUUGCACUGCUGGUUCUUCCAAUUACAAAGCAAAUUCUCCUGACAAUGCAAAUAUUCACUACAGUAAAUCAAGUCAGCUGCUUUCAGGUCAGAAAUCAUUUACUCCUGCUCCAUUUAAGGAGAUACUCUGUGAAAAAAAUGAUAGGAUUAGGGGACCAUCAGAUGCUAGCAUUGAUUUGUCUGUGAAAUCUGGGAAUGUGGGGAAAGAGGUGAUGGAAUAUUAUGUGAAGAAGAAAAAGUAUCCACCAAGUGACAGUGAAGAUUCCCACAGCCGUAUACAUUCCCAGUUGUAUGGUGCUGUUAGGUCAUAUCCGUUUAACCCGUAUCCAGUUGCACAUCAUCAUCCACAUCCCCAUACAGAAUCAACUGCCAACAGAUACCCAUCUCCAACAUUGCUUCCUUCAUCCCAGAGUGGUGAAUCUAUUGGAAUGACAGAUAUGAGAUCAUAUUGCUUUGAACCUUCAUAUGCUCCACCAUCACAGGGUUUUCAUCACACUCACUCUCCAUCUGUAGAUCUUCCUUAUAAACCACGACCAGUAUUGCCAGCUCAUUCACAUCCAGGAUAUAGAGGAAAUGAUGACAUGAACAUUGGCUAUUCGUGCUGUGAGGGUGGAACAUUCCCACGAAAAAAAGAAAAUCAGAGAAUACGAAUCCCAUCAAACCCCAGUGUGACAAGCAAAAGCAGUGCAGGAAAAGUAUCAACUGGCAGCAUUGAAAGAGCUUCAGACAGAGGCAGUCCCAUGCCGACAUUUCUGGUAGAAGUCUUGAGUCCUGGUCAUAGAGAAAACAAGAGAAAUUCUUUGCCUGACUAUUGUUACUCACGGAAACCUGCACCUGGAGAAUUGAGAAGAGUGCACAUAGAUAAAUCAGCUGAACCGUUAGGAAUUCAGAUUUCCUGUUUAGAAAGUGGCGGUGUGUUUGUAUCUACUGUGAGUGAGCAUAGCCUGGCUUCACAAGUUGGUUUGCAGGUUGGAGACCAGUUGCUUGAGGUGUGUGGCAUAAAUAUGCGGAGUGCCACAUACCAGUUAGCAGCUAGUGUUCUUCGGCAGUGUGGAAACUCUAUUACUAUGCUGGUGCAGUACAGCCCAGACAAGUACCACGAGCUAGAGGGAUCGGUAAGUUCUAGUAGUGAUGAGAGUCCAUCCCAUUCUGGCUCGCCUACACCAUGCAAUUCUCCUGACACAACCCGUAAGCCUACACCAUUGCAGUUGGGGGAAUUGCCACCAUCUGCAAUCUGUAAUCUCCGUAGUGGUACGACACCAUCAGGUCAUGGGACCCUAACCAGAAGCAAAAUUGCCCAAGCUGUUUCAUCUCUCACACGUCAGAAUGCUACCACCAGAAGCCCAGAUGAUGCAAAUAAGAUUCCAGUUCGUGAACCUCGGUAUCUUUUUCUUGAAACAAGAAAAAGCAGUCACUUGGGUGUGAGUUUGGUGGGUGGAAAUGCUGUUGGCAUCUUUGUUCAUGGUGUGCAGCCAGAUUCUGUGGCCCAUAAUGCUGGUUUACGGACUGGUGACCAAAUUUUAGAAUAUAAUGGCACUGACCUUCAGCAUGCAACAGCAGAGGAAGCUGCAUAUGAACUGGCCAAACCAGCUGAUAAGGUCACCAUCCUUGCUCAAUACAACAUUGACAGAUACAAUGAAAUAAGAGACAAACCUGGUGACAGCUUUUAUAUACGAGCCAUGUUUGAUCGGAUGGGAGACAUGGGAGAUCAACAUCAGUUGCAGUUCCACAAAGAUGAUGUGCUUUAUGUUGAUAAUACAAUGUUCAAUGGUGUUCCUGGCCAUUGGCGAGCUUGGUUUGUUGGUGAAGAUGGCCACAUGCAGCAGUGUGGCAUUAUUCCCAGUAAAUACAAAGUAGAUGAAGAAUUACUUCUUCGACGCAGUGUUGGUGACUUGGAGGGUGAUGCCAGACGUGGUACAACAUCUGCUCGGCGGAGUUUUUUCCGCCGUAAAAAGCAUCAGCGAAGCUCAUCUCGUGACUCUAAAGAGCUUGCUAGUUUCUCCAACAUUAAUUUGGGAUGGUAUAGUGACUCUGGAACUCUGAAUGAGGAAGUAGCUCUUUGUUCGUAUCAGCGGGUCGAGAGGCUAGAUUAUCCUGUGUUCAGACCAGUGCUGAUAAUGGGACCUCUUGCUGACUGCGUUAUGGAGAAGCUUAUUCAAGAUUUUCCAGAUAAAUUUACUCGUUGUAUUCCAGAAGUGAUGCAAUGUCCACAGUCAGUAAUGGAAAAAGGAAUAGCAGAAAAUUUAUUUGUGGACUACAGAAAGAAGGGCAGCUAUUUUGAAUGUACAUCUGUUAAUGCUGUGAAAGAAAUAUGUGAUAAGAAUACCCAUUGUAUUCUUGACAUAAGCUUGACUUCAGUGGAGAGACUUCAUCGCCACCAAAUAUACCCCAUUGUUCUAUUAAUAAAAUUCAAAUCAACAAAACAGAUUAAGGAGGUCAAAGAUACUAGGUAUCCAAUGGAAAAGGUUUCAGCAAAAGCAGCGAAAGAAAUGUAUGAACAUGCUUUGAAACUGGAAGUCGAGUAUCGACAUCUUAUCUCAGCUGUGAUUCCAGCUGGUGUGAAUGUGGCCUACAUGUGCACACAGAUCAAGGCAGCAGUGGAUCAAGAACAGAAUAAGACGCUGUGGGUUCCUUGUGGAACAUUGUAGAUCUGUGCUUGUCAGAUAUUGAGAACUGUUACUGAUGAUGUUCCCUUACGGAAUUUUUAUCUAGAAGAACAGUCAGAUUCUGACAUGAACAUUGUGUUAGUAUUUAUUGUUUAAUAAUAAUAAAUAGGACUCAAUAACAUUGAGUCGUAUUAUAAAAACUGUUACCAGCUCUCUUUGAAUUCUCAUGGAUGUGUAGAUGUGAUUUUAUCGUAAAGGACGUAGUAAUUUCAGAUAAAUGCUCUACAAUAAGAGUAAAUUAAGGGUAGAGGUAGAGGAGUAUUAACACAGUUUCAUGUCUGUCAUUUGUUUGUGUUGCCAUGAACAUCUGUCUUCUGGUUGCUUUACAUUUCUGCAUUUUUGCCUAUCUGUGGGAUGUUAACCUGGUGGUGUCAAACUACCACAAAUGCUCUUCUGUAAUUUGCCCUGUCAUUAUUCUUGCUCUUUGUUUCCCUUUUAUUGCGUUAGUGUAUAUAAUUAGACAAAUUUCACAUCACGAACUGAAGAUGUGUGUCACAUUAAUGUUAUCAGUUGUUAUUAUUAAUCCCAACAGCCUCCAAAUGAUCCACCUCCAUUAUUUUUGGUGAAGAAUACUGAUCUAGAUUUCAGUGACAGGGUAACAAAUGAAGAUUACUUUGAGACAGAUUGUGCCCAGUUGGACAUUUAGUUCAGUAAUCAACAUUUUUGGGCACUAAAUGUCUGUAGCUAUAUUAUUCAUGGAUAAUUGUUAUUGAUGUACCAUAUUCAGUAACAUUUAAUAUUGUCUGCAGUGUAUGAAGCUUUAAUGCAUCAUAAAUUUUUGGCUUUGAAUCAGUAACUGCAAUAAUUUAAUGCCUGUGUGGUCAAAAUUCUGUGAAAGACGUCUAGAUCCAGAGGUUCUCCCAAAAAAACAAUUCCAUUGCAAACUAACGUGACAACCGUGUCUCUUGUGUUCAUGUUCUGUUGGCUUGCAAAAAACCAAUUUCACCAUUAUUCGAUUUCCCAAAUCACCCCAUGCUGAUAUGGAAAUUUAUGCUGGUAAAGACUGCUAUGCGUCAGUGGCCCUAGACUGUUAUAUGUUCUGUUUGUUUAUUUUGUUGUAUGUGUUAAUGCAGUUGUUAGAUUAUGAGUACUGUGUGAUAUUACAUUAAUAACUCAGUUGUAAGUAGCAUAAAACAUAUGAUUUUAUGUGCAGGUUAUGUUUUAAUAUGAGAAUUCAGAGAGAACUUUCACUUUUAGUCAUUUUUUAUCUGUUGUAUGUAUAUAUUGUAGACACUGUGUGUGUGUGUGAUGAAGCAACAUGUAAAUGCAAUACUCAUUCAAAAUCUGUUUGAAAUGUGUCAGUCAAAGAAUUGUUGUAAC